AUGGAAACAGUCUACUGCCAAUGAUGCAUGACCGGGAGGAACAUGGGCACAUAUACUUUCCCAGUUUCCCUUCCUUCUCUCCCAGAUAAAUAUCAUACGACUAAUUAAUUAAUAUGUACUCUAAUCGUAAAGAUUAAUGGAAAGGAGAAGCCGAUUAAGCAACACUCCAACAAACAUUACGCGAAGAUAUUCAAGCCCAGAAGAUAUAAAAAAUACUUGGUGCUAGCAACUCGAAAGAGGAACUAUAAGAUAGUAUAGUAAUGAACCAUAGUGAGCAUUUAAAAUCCUAACCCCUGAAGCAAUCAGGACUUCCGAUUAUCAAAAGUGGGUGUAGCGCAGUAGCGCACGUUUUCGCUUAGUAAUAAAAAAGUUCCAGCUUUGACACUCUCUUGGUGAGACUAUACGUGUUUUAUUUAAAAUUUUUAUUUUUUUGUACUAAACUCAUCGGUUUCUCUUAUAACCAAAAAAUAAAAGUGCUAUUUUCAUGUUAUCAUUCCCUUUUCCUGUUUUCUUUUAAAGGGCUCAAAAAAUUAAAGGAACUUUAAUGAUAAUACUAAUAUACAAUAAUAUUGACCAUCAAUUUUGCAAUUACCCAUGGGAAUACAUUAUUAUCAGCAUCCACAUGCUAAUUGGACUAGGAGCCUAUUGUUUAGCGAAAUCAUUGGAGUCUCUUGACCCCAUCUUUGUGUUUCCUAACUUCUUUUUUAUCUGUUUUCCUAGAGCUCCAGCCUGCCCCGUUAUCCACUAAAAAAAAUAAUGUUAUAGUUGAGUGAAUUAUUAUUUUUUAGUUUAAACAAGACAUUUUGAUGAAAGGGUCGGUAAGAACUACUUACUUGGAUCGACGGUUAAUUAGUAUACAUUGCGUGCAUGCUAUUAAGGAAGAUGGAGAACUAAAUGAGAGACAAAUAGAAAUGCUAAUUUCCUCAUAGGUAUCAUCUGUUUUAUGAAUAAUUUUUUUCCUAUAUAAAUUGACCUGCAGGGAAUUGGAGUAAUGCAUGGCAUCCGUUUUACAUGCUAAAAACAAUGCUACAAAUCCUUACACACAUUACUUUCACUUUGUGUUUAACGAAAAUGGAGGAAAUUUGGAUAUUUAUGAGAGUAAACAUAUUGCAUAUCUUUAUUUAUUUAUUUUGAUAACGAGGAGUUUAUUCUCUCCGGGUCAUAAACACCCUACAAGUCCAUAAAUCUAGGUAAGUCCAUGUGCAAGCACAUGUGUGGGUGGUCUCAUCAAGAACUAUACGCACAAGGGGUUUCAAACCUAAGACCUCGUGAAUUAUUCUUGUGCUAACCCUUGCGGGUUGCAUAUCUUUAUCUUUUUCUGUCCUCUUAAAUAAAAUUCCAAAGAGAGGCCAUUGUUUCUGUAAGCUAAGAAUUCCUGAACACCUAGGCAAAGGUCCCUAGUUUUCUCAGGCUGCAUUCUUUCCUUCCUGACAAAAUUUCUCCGCCUAUAAAAAGCUUUUACGCCAAGUCCACGAAUCCUUCCCGCGCACUCCGGCAGCCACUGUGUCAUAGACGGUUUCGUGUAAAGCACUAUCUAUCUAACCAUUUCUGUUUGCGGUAGUACUGGAAGAUGGGUGUCAAUUCCAGAUUCAAUAAGAAAUUGGAAGGGGAUCAAUCUCUCCUGCAUAAGGGAUAUUCCUCGGGGUCCAGCACUCCCUCGCCACAGCAGCAUGUGGUUGUGGUGAUGGAUGGCUUGAUAGAGUUCACCACGGAGCCACUCAAGUGGGCUCUCCAGAACAUUAUCACCCCAGGUUGCGUCAUCACUUUGCUCGGCGUCAUGCCGUGGCUUAACAUUCCCCUUUCCGUCAAGACCUGGCAUGAUGUUUGGCCGAUGGAAUUUGAGAACCUGCAAGACAACAACGUUGAGUGGAAGAGCGACCCCAAGCACCUCAAGCUUCAAGCAAUCAUCGAUCUCUGCAAAAGUUAUGCGGCGGUGCCCCAUAAAGAGGUUGUCAUGGGAUAUCCAUGCCAGCUUCUCGUGGUUGAGAAAAUCACCAACCUCCAUGCUACCUGGGUCGUGUUCGACAGGCAUAUGAAAAAGAACAGAGAGUUCUAUGUGGAAAGAUUGCGGUGCAAUAUGGUGAUGAUGAAGGAGAAGGGGGAAGCAGACAUUAUCAAGACUAGCCAUUCUUAUGAUGGACAGUAACAUUAUAUUGAAGCGCACUAUCCACAAUGGAUGAUCUCCGAUCAGCCUCAGGCCCAUGAGAUUUUCGUAGACGGAAUACUGCCCACCCGAAAAACAAGACAGAGCAGGGAUUAGAGGCCCUGACGACGAACGAGAGAACUAAUAAUCUGAUGUAAUGUACUUCCGCCUCCUGUAUUCCCUCUUUGUCUUACGUUGAUCACUAAUAAUCUGAUGUUAUGUACUCUCCAUUUGGCUCCCGAACGGUUGAGGACGAGUGCGCCACUGCAGUAACACUCC